AUGUGUUUGUGUCUGUUACUUUUGAUUAAAGAUUAUUUUUAAUUGUGACUCUCUGGGUAAAUGUGGUUUGGUGCUGAUAGAUCAUAAUUUUUACGGAAAUUUGAUGGGUAUGAUGAAGAAGAUUUAUUUUGGACUGCUGGCGCUUUGGUUAUGUUAUCAUGUUGCAUCAGAGCGAUGUCUCGUCACUAAAAAAAGUGAAAAUCAACGUAGAGAAAAAUGUGAUCGCUAUUAUGGUUGCCGAAUGGAAUAUGAACACAUCGAUGUAGCUAAGUAUUAUACAUGCGUCAACACCAGCAUCACCGAUAUUCAACAGCAAAUAGAGGACAGAAAUGUGAACUCUUACAUCAAUAUAACGAAUUCCUCAAUUCCAGUUCUAGAACCGGACAAUUAUCAAUGGGGAAACGUGCAAGAGUUGUGGAUUCACGAAACAAACACCAGCGAAAUAAUUCCUGGAUUUUUCAAUAAGUUAGGCAACUUGAAAACAUUGCAAAUAACUAAAAAUAAGAUUACGCAAAUAGUUACCGGUCUUUUAAGUCCGUUAUCGGUACUCGAAGUUUUAAAUUUAACUGAUAAUCGUAUUGAAACAGUUGCGACACAUAGUUUUUCGGGUAUGUUGAAUUUAAGAGUUUUGGAUCUUAGCAAGAACAAGAUUACAAGUAUGCCGCAAGAUGUUUUCGAGUAUCAAAACUUCUUACAUUUUAUAGACCUUUCAGACAAUAAUCUCAAAAAUGUAAGUGAUUAUCUAUUCAAUCAGCCGUCUCUACAAACUUUGAACUUAGCACAUAAUUUCUUAGUUGAAUUUGAUUUUAAUCAACUGCGAAAUGUAAGCAAAAUUAAUCUCAGUAACAAUCUCAUAGAAAAAUACCUUAUUGCAGAUGCAAAUAUAAUUAAUUUCGAAGAAGUUCUAUUGUCACACAAUAAAAUUACUACAUUGCAAAAAAUAAGAAAUGUUAAAAGUUUGAAUAUUAGCUACAAUAAGAUUCAAAAUAUUGACGAGCAUGUUUUGAGUGAAAGUCUCGAAACUCUUGAUAUAAGUAACAAUAAUAUAACCAACGGAUUAUUUAACAGCUUGAAAAAUUUAAAAUAUUUAUAUCUUGAUCAUAAUUAUAUAAAUUCAUUAUCCAUUGACGCCUUAUAUAAUUUACAACAACUCCUGUAUUUGGAUUUGUCUUUCAAUCGCAUAAAACAGAUACCUUUCGGGUUCUUUAACGAUUUAACUAGUUUGGUUUUUCUUGAUUUAUCCAAUAACAAUAUGAUUUUAGAUUUUCAUGUCUUAUUAACCUUAAAAUCUUUAACAACAUUAAAAUUCAGCAACAAUAAAGUUCAAAAUUUUGAUGCCAGCACAUUAUUGGUACGCUUUAAAAACUUAGAGUCUAUAACAUUGAGCGAUGGUUCUUGGAGUUGUAGUGAAUUGGCUUUGACUAUUCAUCAAUUGCAAAUGAAUAAUAUAAAUUUUACACAUGGUCAAGAUACUAAUAUAAGUAAUAUUUUAGGAGUGUCGUGUAAGGAAAAUACUGAUAUUAAAGAGGAGUCAAUAGUAAUUGAAAGGGUUAAUGAUGCUCCAUCAGAAAAGAUUGACGAUUCUAAAUACUUGCAAAUUAUUUCAAAAUAUAUAUUUGAAAAUGCAUCAUUGCCUAUUUUAAAUGCUACUAUCGAUCAAAAUAAUAAUUUGUUGGAAUAUAUGAACAAAAGCUUUACUGAUUACCUGAAAAAUUUCAACACAUACGCCAUUAACUCGUCUAAUUCUUUGAUUGAGGCGCAAAAAUAUAUUAUAAAUGAAAUGUUCAAUAGCACCAAUUUCAAUACAUACAUAAAUUCUGUUGUGAAUAAUUCUACUAAAAAAGAAUAUAUUUACAUUGAUAGGGCACAAAAUAAAAGCGACAGUAAUGAUAGCUGGCUUCGAACUCUCAACUCAACACUAUCUAAUUUAACAAUUAAUUUGAGAAACUUGACAUCAUCGAUUAUCAAUAUUUCAAAUGAUAGAAAUCAGGUUGUCAAUGAUAAAUCGGAGGCAAACGCCUUAAUUACUGAAAAAAAUGUUGACAAUUCCGCAUUGGAAAAUAGUUUAAUUGUAAUCAAUAUUUUGUUGGCUGUCAUUAUGAUUUGCUUGAUAUUGCUUGCUUAUCAUAACUUUUGUAAACCAAAAUUGAAUCGAGCUCUUUCGGAACAAGUACAACUAAUGUAAGUCUAAUGAAGGACAAACGAUUAUAUUCUUAUUUGUAAUGUUGCUCGAAUAAAUUUUUCAAAAAGUGA